UGGAGAAGUGGUACAAGCGCCACCUGACCUACCAGAUCGUGAACUGGCCUCGGCAUCUGUCUCUGGGCUCUGUCCAGCUGGUGGUGCGUGCAGCGUUCCAGCUGUGGAGCAACGUGUCGGGCCUGGUCUUCCAGGAGGCCCCCGAGGGACCUGCAGACAUCCGGCUGGCUUUUUACGAGGGGGACCACAACGAUGGGGCCAGCAACGCCUUCGAUGGACCAGGUGGAACGCUGGCUCACGCCUUCCUGCCUCGCCGGGGUGAAGCUCACUUUGACAUGGCAGAGAGGUGGACGCUGAACGGACACAAGGGACACAACCUGUUCAUGGUGACUGCCCACGAGAUCGGACACACCCUGGGGCUUGAGCACUCCCCGGUGCGUCACGCUCUAAUGUCGCCGUACUACAGGAAACUUGGGCGCAAUCUGGUGCCGAGCUGGGAUGACAUCAUUGCGGUGCAGCAGCUGUAUG